CUGUUGGGAGUGAGGUGUCUGGAGCACACAAAGCAGGCGCUACAGCGGCGGUCGCAGUACUGCCUCGAGGUUGUGGUACAGCUGCUGCAAACGCAAGGGGGCAGCGAGAGAGUGAGAGCACGCACAGUCACCGCAGCGGGAUAAAGAUAAAAGAGGUGGAGGGGGAGGACGGAGGAGGAAGAAGAAGACGAGCGCAGGGAGGGAAAAGGAAGAGAAUCCGAGAAGAAAUUCAGAGAGGGAGGAGGGGCGGAGGGCCAUGAUGGCAGGUGUGGGCUGUGGCGUCGUAGGUGGUUAAAGCGAGACCGCCCGCCCCUCGUCGUCCGGUAAAAAGCUCUCCAAAGAAGCUGCUCUCCCUUUGCGCUCUUUUCUUUCUUUCCGUUGGUUGCUUUUUCCCCCUUCCCUGCCCUACUCCUCCUUCUUCUUCGUCUUUCUCCGGACGGCUUUGGGGAAAGCGGUGAUGUGAGGUUGCCAUCACUCACGCCUGCUGGAUCGCUAGAUGCUGCCCGUCUUUAUUACGGCUGUCGCCGAGCUGGGCUGCGGCGGACGAGGGGGAGGUGAGGCUCUCGUGCGCUGGCUUCUCGGUCUAUGAGCGGGCAUCAGAACUGGUCAUAAUAAUCUUCGGAAGGCAACAUGGCGGAAUCGAAGGUUGUAAGCGUUGAUGCCAGAACGACAAAGAUCAGAAAUGUCCCCAUUGCUGUAACCCCAGAAGGGUUCUGGUGCUGCCCGUCCCAGGCUGUGCUCCAGAAGACGGCGAAGAACCAAAACCAGCAGGCGAAAGCGAAAACCAAAGGGGGUGCCUCGCCUCUUGCAUCAAAGGCCUCAUCAAUUCAGAGGGCACCAACAAUCUCAUCAGAGAGAAGGACUCACUCGACUCCGACAAGGGCUAAAAUCAAUUCAGAGGAGCAGAGGUGCUUGCUGGCAGAGGAUGCUGCGACUAAUCCACCAAAGGCUGUGAAUGAAAGGCCACAGAAGCAGCACAAGAUAUCUGUUGGAUUUGGCCAGCUCGAGAUGAGUGACUUGAAGGUGGUGCUGUAUGGCAAGGAUGGUGUUGCGGUAAAGAUGAGUGUCCACAAGAACAUCCUAGCUGAAAACAGUACCUUCUUUGCUGAUAAGCUCUCCAGGCAAUCUCCAGUGUCCAGUAUAGAAGUGGCUGAUUGUGAGGAUGUGGAGAUUUAUGUUGAGACUGUUGGGUUGAUGUAUUGCAGUGAUGUCAAGCAGAGGCUGAUCAAGCAAACUGUUCCUCGUGCUCUUCGAAUCUUGAAGGUUGCGGAGCUGUUAGGUUUCCCAGCAUGUGUCAUGUCAUGCUUAGAUUACUUGGAAGCGGUCCCUUGGGUUGGGGAAGAAGAAGAGAAUGUGGUCUCAUCUGUUCGGAAUCUGCAGAGUGAGAACUAUGGUGUUAGUCCUGUACUGAAGAGGGUAGCGUCUGAUCUGACGACCCCACCAAAUGACACGUUUUCACAUAUCAUUGAAUUGGUUUUGAGAAGCAAUGAGGAUAGGGGGCGGCGUGAGAUGAAAUCUUUGGUACAGAAGCUUCUGAAGGAGAAUAGCACUAGCUGUAUAAGUGGAUCUUCUGACUUGUGUUCUGAGACCCUCUACAGAUCAUGCCGGAACUGCCUGGAUUCCUUGUUAAUCUUGUUUCAGCAAGCAACUGACAGUGAUUUUGCUGAGCAAGCUCUUAAUAUUAAAGAACCAGUUUUCCGACAAAUUGCUCUAGAAGCAGAUAAUCUGCUUUGGUUAGCUGAGAUUUUAGCUGACAGGAAUGCUGCUGAUGAGUUCGCUGUCAUAUGGGCUAGCCAACGUGAGCUGGCUGGGCUGCACUCCAAGUUGCCAGUUAAGUCACGCCACCUUGUCAGUUGUGUCACAGCGAGGCUAUUUGUGGCAAUUGGGAAAGGAGAGAUGCUUCCUUCAAAGGACACAAGGAGGCUUCUCUUGGAUGUCUGGUUGCAGCCUCUCAUGGAUGACUACAAUUGGUUACAGCACGGUUGCAGGUCAUUCGACCGGAAAGUGGUGGAGGAAGGUAUUGGGCGGACCAUCUUGACGCUCCCGCUGGAGGAUCAGCAGACGAUCUUGCUGUCCUGGCUUGGGAGCUUCUUGAAGGUUGGGGACAGCUGCCCCAAUCUCCAGAAGGCCUUUGAGGUUUGGUGGAGGAGAACUUUCAUAAGGCCUUACGCUGAGCAACAAGGUAAUCGAUCGCAAUCAGGUCGGAGUUGAAAUAUCAAUCGGUUGCAGAAGAAAAUAGUCUUGUUUCCUAGUGUAGUAUAUUGAUGAGAAAUUAGAGUGGUAAUUUCUUACAUGGUAGGCUGUUUGGGAAAUCCCCAGGAUGUGGAAGAAAUGGGGGUGUAAGGAUUAGUGUUGUUGACUUGGAGGCUUGAGAAGUGUGCAUUGUGCUUGUGAUGCUUCAUAUGUAUGUGAAGAUCUCUGAAUUCUGGGUACAGAAUUUUGUUCUCUUGUAUGUAUAUCAUGGAGCAUCUGUUUGCUGCUCUGUUCUGCUUCUUACAACGUUGCACGAUGUUAAUUCUAUUGUGCUAAGGAUCUGUUAUGUAAAAACUCGAUGCCUUGUGCAACUGUAAAUAUUUUGCAGUGAAGGCAUAUCGGUUUCCA